UAACGGCAGUUGAGCGCAGCUGUUAGUGACGGGCGCAGUUCGGCCAUCAGUUUGUUAGGAGACACCGACGCGGACGCGUCGUUGACACGGCGUUGCAAUGCCGUUCGAAUAGUUGCGUUUGCCAACAAAAGUGUGAAUAAUUUUUAGAAAUAUAUAUAAAGAGACUUUUUCUUUCCAAGUUUGUUGUGGAAAAGCACGCGCGGGCAACGCAUCGUUAGACUUGCGACACUGACGGUACAGGCCCCCCCGAGUGGCGCGAGCGCACAUUAACUCGAGGGGUGGCGGCGAUGAAUAAGUUAAAUAUAUAUGAACUUUUUGUGAAAAUAGUGAAACAGUGAAAUAGUUUCCUUCGUAGUCGCGCGCUCGUGGAUAAUGAAAUUUUUAUUUUUAGUGGUUUGCGCGAUCGCUGCGCUGCAUACGCGCUAUAACGGACAUGCGGCGCAACUACGUCGCGUUUGGAUGCAGGAUCACUGCCAUCACGGCAUUUGCACUGGCAUCGAUAUCGGUCGCAAUGACUAUGUCAUUCUGUCGCAGAUGCCCAUCGCCAAGCAGCUUAUGCUUACCUUUCUCAAUUCCAGCAUCGCCAAAAUACCGCAUCUGAUGUUCGACACCUUUCCGGACUUGCAGGUGCUGCGCAUGGAAAAUUGUUCAGUCGAAGUUUUCGAGAAGCCACAAUUCGAGGGCGCUAGCAACUUGAUGAGUCUGUUUCUGGGUCACAAUCUGCUGCGUGACAUACCGAAAAAUAUCUUUCUUGGCGCGGAUAAUCUCCACACACUUCACUUGAAUCAUAAUCAGAUACGUACGCUGCAUAACGCCAGCUUCCAUGCGCUAAAAGAGCUGCAAGAAAUGUCACUGGCUGACAACCAGCUAGCACAGCUGCCUCUUGGCGUCUUUGCGCCACUGCGCAAACUCCUAGACCUCAACUUGAGCGGCAAUCGGUUGUCGGCCUUUCCGCGCGGCAUCUUUGAUCGCAACCUUAACUUGACGCGCAUUAAUUUGUCGCGCAAUCGUUUUGUGGCCUUUGAAUCUGAGCUGUUCAAGCUGCAGCCGCGUCUGAAGCUCUUAGAUCUCUCGGGCAAUGAACUGCAAGAUCUUACGCUCAACUUCGCCGUGCUGGAGAGCGCGAUUUGCAACAAUUGCGACAUACGCAAGCUCACCGUUUAUGGUUACGUUCACGAUCUAGAAUUGCGUAACAAUUCGUUGCGCGAGCUGCCACACAUACCGCAUGCGGCCAAUGUCAGCGGACUGGAUUUGGCUCACAACCCGCUCGGCACUUUGCAGGGCAAUCCGUUGCGACGCUUUACUGGCCUGCAGCGACUCAACUUGAGCUCAAUCGGAAUGCAUGACCUACCCGAAGAUGUUUUCAAGAAGCAGGCGCAGCUCAAACAGCUGGACAUAUCAGCGAACUCGCUGUAUAAUUUGAAAUUUCCGCUUUUCAACGAUUUGAAAUCGCUGCAGUACUUCUACUUCCAGCAAAAUAACUGGAAUUGUGAUUUCCUGCAGUUGCUGAUGAACUCGUUUGUAAAGAAGCGUGAUAUAUCCUUUAUGGAGGAUACCACGGAACCGGAACUGGUCGAUGAUUAUGUGGAUGGUGUGGCCUGUUGGUAUGAGAGCAACAAGGCAUCGAAGAAAUGCUCAGGGGAGGGCUUGUCGGAAGCCGCCUUAGAGCUGGCCAUUGUGCGCAAUGACAUCAAGUCUUUUACGGAGAUCGUGGAGAAGAAGUUCAUCAAGGUCUACCGUAUGCUCGAUGAGCUGAAGGCUCGUUUGUAGCGUCGACGAGUGCAACGAGAGUGCCGAAAGGAAAUCACCCGACAAUUGACGAUCUGGCUUGAACUAAUGUUAUUCUUACUGGCUUACGUUAUCACUUUAAUCACUUUAUUGCUUAUCUAAUUGCAUUUAACAGCAAAUUCUAAGCGUAUAUUUAAUAACCACAAGUAAUACUCAAACUAUACAAAUAUAUAUAUAUUAAUCGUAUUUAACCUCAAAUUAUAUCGAAAUAUAUCGUUUAAUCGUAUUUAACCUCAAAUUAUGACAACAUAUAU